UUUUUUUAACAUACAAAAGGGUUAAUUCUGUACUUCAAAGUUCACAGUUCACAUAGAAGAAACAAGGUCACGAAGAAGUUCUACUACAACAUUCACACUAUUGGAUCUUCUCAUCACUUUCUCAUUUCCUUUGAUUCUUCCCGCUAGGAAAAAUGCAGAAUCCAGAAGCAAACCAGCUUCCUGAAGUUGAUUCAUUGCCGGAUGGGUUUGUUGAGGGCACUGCAGAACCUGUUGCACCUGCAACUCCAACCCCUGAACAAGAGAAGCCCAUCAGCGAUUACAAGGAGGAUGGUUUUAUUGACUGUGGUCAUUCUAAUGAAUUAUCAAAUAUGCCGGGAGAAAAGGAGUUUCAAAACAAUCAUGACUGCUCAGUGGAGGCACAUAUUACAGCUCUUCUAGCUAGUUCUGUUUCUGAGUCUCCACCAUCCAGAAGCAGUGAUGUAAAAGAGCAACAACAAGGAGAAUGCCAGAGUUCAGAUAAAUCUAAACAACCUUUGGAGACAAAAGCAUUGCCUGUAAAGGAUGCGUGCGCUUCAGGGAUGGUUGAUUCUUCAAAAAACAAAAAAUCAGAAACUGGGGAAAAACGCAAGGGUUCAAAGCGUGCACUUAAAUCAGAAAAGGAGCUCUUAGAGUUUUCACUCAAGUAUCAACAAGUAUUGGCUGAAAGAGAUGCAGCUUUUGCCGUCAGAGAUAAGCUUGAGUCACUAUGCAGGGAGUUACAGCGUCAAAAUAAAAUGCUGAUGGAAGAAUGCAAACGUGUAUCAACUGAGGGGCAAAACUUGAGGAUGGACUUGUCAGCUAAGUUCCAAGAUGCAAUCAAGGAUGUGAGCAUCAGGCUCGAAGAACGAAAGGAUGAUUGCCUUUCUCAGCUAAAGGAGAACGACAUGUUAAGAAACAAUCUAAAGCAGCUUGCUGAGCAAUAUGAACUAUCUGAGCAGCAAUAUGCCCAGAAGUUGAAGCAAAAGUCAUUGGAGCUACAGAUUGCAGAAUUAAAAAUUAAGCAACAUGAGGAAAGAUCUGCUCAGGAACAGUCACAAAUGAAAUUAUAUGCAGAACAAGUAUCUCAGUUAUUGGCAACUGAGAAGAAUUUGCGUUUGCAGCUGACAACUGAUGGAGAGAAAUUCCAACAAUUCCAGGAAGCAUUGACAAAGAGCAAUGAUGUAUUUGAAACAUUUAAACAAGAGAUUGAGAAGAUGGCAAAAUCAAUGAAGGAACUCAAGAAGGAGAAUCAAUUUUUGAAGAGUAAAUCAGAAAAGUCUGAUGUUACACUUAUAGAGUUAGUUGACGAGCGUGAGCGCUUGAAGAAACAACUGGAGAAAACGAAAAAUCAAAAAGAAAAACUUGAAUCGCUAUGUCGGUCACUUCAGGCGGAGAGGAAGCAAAUUUUAUCCGAGAACAAGAGUAAUAAUAGUAGCAACUCGGCUCCAAUAUGAAGAAGAGGUGGUUCCAAACAACUUCUAGAAGGAAGGAAAUGCAUCUUUCUAAUACCUUGUUUAUAUCUGGACUAGUGGCAUGUCUUGGUUUGUUAGGGAACUUGCAUGCAAUAUUGCAAUUACAUGAUUGUGAGAUUUUUUUGCUUUAUUAAUGCCAUACCAUUUAUUUAUCUACAUUGAAAACGGGGUAGUAGAGCAUCUUCUAUUGUCUGUUCUUUUUCCUUUUCAUGAAUUGUAUAACAUCCUCAGUUUGCACAAAAGCAAUGAGCCACGCCAUUUUGCUGUAAACUUGGCUUGGGAGCUUCUCAAUGACUGUCCAAAACAUGUACUCGGUAAUUUUGCGUAUGUAGUGUGUUUGGUGUUUUGGGGGUUAAGAGAAAAGUACUUAUAAAA